AUGCCCGUGUGGCUCCACCCUUUGCAUAGCGUGAUCGAUGUUUCCCGCUUCCAACCGCACAAGCUGGUCGCAAGCUCGAAGGACCCGAAGGAGGACCAAAGAAGCCGCGGCGAGAAGCUGCAGAGCUGCCUGAAGAGCCUCUUGGACUCCGUGGGUGCUGGCGUGGGCGCCGGCGUGGUGGGCUCCAGGGGCUCCGGCCCCAAGUCCCAUGACAUCAGCCGCAGCAACGUGGUCGACUUUGUGGAUGGCGAGGUCGUGACCAAAUUUUCCCCAACAGGUGUGGACUUCACUCUGCCGCUUCUUUGCACAGAUGUGAUGUGGACUCGGGCAGCCUCUAGCGAGCUACAGGAUACCGAGCUUCACACUCACUUUGAUCGGGCAGAGACUGAAGAAAUGCCAGAUGCGAAGUUCCUGAUCGGCUUGGCCCCUCGCUGGAAAUGGAUGCAGAUGGCAGCCCUGGAGUCUUUCGACGAUCCGCAAACGGACGAGGUCUGGGUGCUCUGCGCCAGCUUCCAAAGCGGCACGCCCGAGAUGGACUCCUUCUUGCAAGCCAUGGAGAGAAGCGGCGCGCUGAGGUGGGACAUCGACGAGCAGUACGUCUUCCACCGUCAAGUCAUCGGCCGGGGUUCCCUGAGCCUCACUCGACGAGGCCUGCUGCGCCGCAGUUUUCGUGGGCUUGCUUCCCUCGUGGACGAGCAAAGCCACUCCGAGGAGGAGCUCGACUCGGUACCUUGUGAGCCGGCUGCAAUGAAAAUCAUGAAGCACCCCGACGCCGACGAGGAGGCGCAGUCGAUCGUGAACGAAGUUCGGUUUUUGGCUGAGAGCGCCACACAUCCGAACAUCGUGAAGCUGAACGGGACCUUCUGUGUUAAGUGGAGAUCCAAGUCGCUCUGGCUCCUAGCGUUGGAGCUUUGUAGUGGUGGUCGACUCCAAGAUCACGUGAGGGUCUAUGGUCAGCUCGAGCGCGCCAGCGGCGAGUGUGCGAGCAUCGCACUUCUCUCAGCUGUUGCCCACUUGCAUGCCCGUCGGGUUCUCCACAGAGACAUACGGCCUCAGAACAUCCUCUUGGAGAAGCUGCGACCAGUGUUGGUGAACUUCGGCAACGCUUGCCGCUUCGAGGAUGCCAGCGCGACUCUGCUGCGCAGCCGGGUGGACGGCUACACGGCACCGGAGAUCGCGGACGCCCGUUUGGGUGCACAGGGUCCUGCCAGUGAUGUCUUCAGUGUGGCCGCCUCCAUCCUCUUUCUUCUGACGGGCAUCGAGCCUUUCGGUGAGGUGAAGUGCACGCAGCAAACGCUGACCGGCAACCCUCGGCUAGACGAGCUGGCAGCCAACAGGUUAUGCGAAUCCACAGCAAGCUUGUUGCGGCGGCUACUUGCGUGGCACGCGCGGAAGCGGCCCACGGCAUGUCAGGCCUGCAUGAUGCUGCACGAAGAGGCCAGCGAGGAGGUCACCGAGCUUCCGAUCUGCGAGCAGGCCAUGGCGGCGCUGUCCUCGACGCUGGCGCACGCGGCAGGCGGCUCGCAGAGCGGACUUGCGUCCAUCGACGAGAUCGAUGACCUGGAGGAGCUCGUCGGAGAUUCUUUAUCAGGUGCGGUGUGCCAGACACAGGGUGUGGGCCACGCACUAGACUUCGAGGCUUUUCGACAGCGAGCUCAAGGUUUCGCGGGCCCCGCCGGCGGCUACGCGGAACCAGGCCACAUGUGA